AUGGAAAAGUUUGUCAGGCGACCUUUGGUGACACUAGCCAUAUCUAGUCAUACUGCAGCAGCUCUCUCCUCUCACGACCCGUCCGCUAGACCCACAAUUCCCCGCGCCUGGACAAGAUGGAAGAAAGCAUCGGCCGCAAGACGACAAUGUUUUGUCUGUAACACCUCAAAGAAACGAACAAGAGAAGAAAAUACCAACAUUUCUAGCCAGUCGCGGUCAUGUGUAGGACACCCCUACCUGGCCCCAUCUAAUGCUUCCCCUCCUGCACUUGCCAUGAGUAUUAUCCAAGACAAGCUAGGCAACGAGUUUCUGCAAAGCAACGGGGGUAUGGACCCCAACUUCACCCCGGGUAUGCUCAUGUUUAGCCACCUGCCGCCUGUCACCAGCUUCACCCGCCUGGCUUCGCAGUCAGUCAUGGUGGGCAACCAACCCCAGGAGAUUAUCCUAAAAAAGGAACGUGACUCUCCUCCCCAAGUCGGCAGCUUCCUCCAUGGCAUGGGCAUCAAACAGGAGCAGAUGAGCGAGCUGGACUACCGUAUGCCCCUCUAUGGUGGAGGAGGACUGGGUGGCAGCUGUGGUGGAGGAGGGGGCAUGCGGAAGGGAAAUGAGAUGCUGGAGAUGCAGUUUGGUGGAGGCCACCACCACAACCAUCAGAACAUGCUCCUGCAUGACCUCAGUAACGGCCGAAUUGGAGAGCUGGUGUCUGGAAGACCAGUGAAAGGGACAAAAGAGUCGUUGGGAAGAAGACGGAAGAGCGACGGGGAAGGUAAAGCCAGAAGAAAACGUGGAGAACACAAGAUGUUGGACGGCGAAGGGGAUGGCCUGUCUCCCAACUCCAAACCACACAUCUGCGAGCACUGCAGCGCCGCCUUUCGCAGCUCCUACCACCUCCGCAGACAUGUACUCAUUCACACAGAUCGCACAGGUGAGAGGCCUUUCCGGUGCAGUCAGUGUAACAUGAGCUUUAUCCAGAAGUAUCUGCUGCAGCGGCAUGAGAAGAUCCACAGCGGAGAGAAGCCCUUCAGCUGUGACCAGUGUAACAUGUGCUUCAUCCAGAAGUACCACAUGGAGCGACACAAGAGGACCCACAGCGGAGAGAAGCCAUACAGGUGUGACACCUGCCAACAGUUUUUCUCGAGGACAGACCGGUUACUAAAGCACAAGCGGACCUGUGGAGAAGCCUUAAAGAAGGGCCUAGACCCCAGCAUGCUGCAGCUGGUCGACGCAGACAUUGGCCACGGCAGCUACUCACUCACUCAGGGAAAUGCUACCGCCACCUCUGGACGCAGGAGGGGCAAGUCCAAAAACGCAGGCGAAGGCAUCGAGCGCAAGCGGAAGAAGACUGUGGCUGCCACCGUGUCGUUGGGAAGCCUGCAGGACUACGGCACGGAGUGCUCCGACCUCGGGCCCAUCAUGCAGGGCCGCACACCCAAGCUGGUCUUCAAGAAGAACAAUAAGUCCCUCAAUUCCGUGGAGGACGGGGAGCAGAAGCUGCUAUCUCAGAAGCAGGGCUCCAUGGAGCUGGCGGUGGGCUCAGGGCUCGAGGCCUUGGGCCUCCUCCAGGGCUCCUCCGGUGGGGGUGCCAAGCAGGCCCAGUCAGCCACCAAGCAGGCCCAGUCAGCCACCAGCAACAACUACGACGGCGCCAUGCAGUUUGUGAAGAAGCGUCGCUACCUCCAACAUAUGGCCAACAACGACUAUGGGGCAUCCUCCCUCCACAUGGGCCAGCCCCAGUCCAGCAGUGUGAUUCAGGGCUCGCUGGGCCACCAAAACGAGCCCGCCAUGCUGGAUGCCUUGCCCCUGGACCUCAAGCACCAUGACAAGUCAUGCAUCCCGGACGAGGUGCUCCAGAGCUUGCUGGACCACUACAGCCACAAGUCAGACAACGCGCACCACCACCAUAGUGACGUAACCUUUGACCUCACAGACAGCAGUGGCUCGCACCACGUGGACCUGCAGCCGGCCGCACCUGUCACCCCAGAGUUGGAUGACGACUCGCCCAACGGCGGCGACAAGCAGGUGGUAAUGAGCGAGUACUCCAAAUUCCUACUGCAGGCCCUAGAGCGCACCAGCCACAGUGGGCCCUUCCCCACUCUGGGUCCCAGCAGGCCCUUCCCUCUGCUCCCUAGCAGCUCCAGCCCCACAGGGCCCUUCUUCCCUGACAAGCAUGUCUACACUUCAUCCCCGCUGGAAUGUGGCUACCCACCAUCCAUCUCCUUGCCGUUGCCCAGCUCCACAGUCUCCUCUUCUUCGUUGUCAUCCUCUAAGUCCCACUACGGCAUACUGGUAGGCUCCCCGCCCCAGCCGGCCUUCCACCUCAAUGGCCUGGAGGCGGCUAGCCACCAGCAGCUCACCCCGUCUCAGGAGCUUACUGAGCAGCUGGAGAAGCAGCACCACUCCCAUGGGUUCCAGCUCACACCCCAGGAGCUGACGGCCGCCGGCGGGGCCACCAAGGAGCAGGGGGCCAAGGGAAACAGGAGCAACGGCUCCGGCAACUACGCCGACCUGGAUACACCCAAGGAAGUGGACCUGCGGGCUACCUACCAGAUCGAGAACUUUGCCCAGGCCUUCGGCUCCCAGUUUAAGUCGGGCCGCCAUACCCCGCUGGGUUACAGCAUUGACCUCCGGCCCGAGGUCGACCACCGAAUACGGGCUACUGUGUCAGAAUUCUCAGGGUUUACCAGUUUGUUAGCUGAUGUCAGCGAGCCAGUUAGUACAGGAUCGAAAACCGCAACAAGCCAAAGUUUCAGGUAAGGGUUAAAAAUAGGUGAACCUAGUUGUGGGUUUUGUUCUUCUUUGUGUUCCUAUACCCUUCAUUUUCUUCUUGUAGCGAGAUUUUUUUUAAAUGAAACACUGCCAUUAAAUGUUGAUAACCAGAACUCUACCAGGGAAGGUCUUUAAGGCCUCAAAUGCAAUUUUUAGAUAUUUGUUUGUAUCUGUGUUUAGUCUUUAUUUUGUUAGUGUAGUUGCUAUGAUAUGAACUAAACCUACAUUUGUAUGUAAUUUUAAAACAAAAGAAUAGGGGGUAGCUAUGAACUUAAUUAUUUCUUUCACCUGUAACCCCUUGUUUUAAUAAUCAUACAGCUGUAAAGUAUUAAUGAAUGAUGAGAAUUACAAUAAUAAUAAUUAAGCUUGUGUCAGGGAAAAGCCCAGAAUUCAAAUGGCAAAAAACAGUUCUAUACUGUCUGUUACAAGAAUUGUGUUACUCAGGAAUUAAGGCAAAAUUGUGUAAUAAGAAUAACUUUGUAUUAUGAGAUGCAACUGGCACACUUUUCACAGGUGUACUUUGAGACUACAAAGCUUUGUUACUAUUUAUGCCAAGAAGAGGGCGGAACAAAAAGACUGCAACAACUUCACUGGAUCUUCCUGUUGAGUUUUCCUCAUCCAACCCUUUCCGCUACUUGUUAUGGUACUUCUAUGUCAAUGUGAAAACAACCGCUCACAUUUCCUCCAUAAAGGGCCACAUGUAAAAGACAUGGGAACAUGGAUAUUUAUAUACUCAAGAACUCAUGGUGUACACACCCCAGCCUCAACAGAAAUAUCUGUUUAGCCAUGCACCUCUUUGGAAUGCCCCCCCCUUCAGUGGCCCAUGACAAGGAAACACACUGGCCCCAUUAGCGACAUAUCAACAAUUAUAUUGUCACACAUUUUUACCGCUUUGUCCUCCACUCCUGGCUGUUACCCUUUUUUUUGGCAAUGGAAAUCAAACGAGCACUUUUGAAAAACAAAAUCGUAAUUGAAAAUGAAAGACAACCCGACUCAAUUAAGGAUGUGCAAAACCAAGUGAUUUUUAUUGGAUAAAAUUGAACAGGGGUGGGUGGAAUAGAGCGUGAGGGUGUUCUGUAUGGAGGGUUAGACUGGGGUUGAACGGGUAUGACCAUGGCCAGUUAGAUGUAUAGUUGCUUUAGUUUUUUGACUGUUUGGUCAGGUGGAGGGGUUGUUAGAAUUGUAUGUUACCCAUUAUGAGAGAUGCAGACAUUAUGCUGGAACUCCCCCCACUGAUGUACUAAGACUACUGGAUGCAAAAAUCAAACUAUUUUUCCUUUAUUUAUUCUUAAAGAUAUUCUCCGGUACUUGAGUGUACUUUUUAGCCAGGAUUUCUCAAAGUAACGCCCACAAGCCAAAGGUGGUCCAUGAAAAUAGCGUCCUGUGUCACAUAUGUGCACCACAUUAUUGCUUGCUCUAUUGUGUGUGUGCGUCUUGCUAGCUGUCACUCAAAUGGCGAAGGGCUGAAGCUCAUUUGCUAAAACUCAAAUUUCUAGGGGCGGGGGGCUGUCCAACGUGGGGGUAGAUGUAAGCAAAAUGGCAGCUCACAGCUUCCAGAAAAGUCUCAAACUAGGGAUUUCAUGGCCAAUUGAGGACACAGUAAUUCUGCUCAUAUAUAUUAUGCAUGUAUGAACUACACAAUGACACACCCAGCUCAAAGCUGGAGGUAAAAAAGAUUCCCGCUACUCGCCAAAGUGCCCGAUCAUGUCUUUAACCUAGCAAGUGUUUUGUUUUGCAUGUUUUGAAAGUGCAAUUAUUCACUGCACCUCAAUCUGUCUUCACCCUACGAAAUCAGGCCUGAUACUGAAAAAUAACCUUGGUGAUAGAGGCUCAACUUCACGUUAUAAAUCCCCCCCCAAAAUGCAGUCCUUCAAACAUUGUGAGAAUAAACAAUGGCCUUUGUCUUCUUUGGCUCAAGCCACUUCUAUCCUGGCAGCCAGGGUUGAUCUUUUCCUACAUCUGCUCAGAUCUCAGGAAAUGAAAGACUGGCUGGCCGGCCACUUCACUCCAAAACACACACUAUGCGUUUAAAGAGAGAGCGAGAGGCUGAGAGAAACAAACAGUAGGAUUUACCUAAAUAUACCUCAUCACUGAAGCUUCAGAAAGCAGGAACACGUGUUUUAUGUAUGUAGUGAAAAUACUUGUAGUAUAGGUUAAACAUAUUGUAUAAUCAUGUAACACUGCUUGUGUUUACAAUUAUAGAAGAGCAAUUGACUCGUUGAAAUGCAAAAUGUAUCUUUUUUUUGUCUGUAAAGCAUUCACACCAAGCAGUGUUGCAUUCUAGGUGCCUCAUAGAAACGUUCUCUUAUGUUAUCCUUUUAUUGUUGUUACUUGUCCUAAAUGUUUUCAUAUCUCUAGAAGGAUAUUGUUUACAAAAAUGUACAAAAACACUAAGUUUGUUCAUUUGGUUUCUUCCCAUAUGCAUGAUCUGAUGAUUUUGUAUGGCCCUUUUUUCUGAUCGACCACAACACCUAAUGUUGUAGCUGAUGCUUCCCCAUCCCUGUCCUUUUAGUUCCAGACCAUUGUGAUCUGAUUUACAGGGCUGUACAUGUUACUGCAUUUAGAAACUGAUUAGAGAAGCCAAUAAACAUUUUUUUACAAAAAAGAAACGACUAGA